AUGAAAUUUUAAAAUCCCAAAGGCAUCUUGUCUGUUAUUUUUGUUUAUGGAAUCAUCUUUAGUGAGUAUUAUGUAUUUGUAUUUCAUUAUUUACCAUAUAGAUAUAAUAACAAUGUAUCAUUAUUAUUAUUAUCAUAGAAUAGUUUAUCCACAAUUUUCAUUGUCAUUGAAUUUACACUCAUUUAUUUAAUGAUUCAUUGGGCUUAUAUUCAAGCUUAAAUUCAAUCACCUGGUCAUCCCUCUCCUCAUUUAGUAAUACUUAUAUAUCUAUAUUAAAUAUAGGCUAACAAUUAUUAAGAACAUACUCUAUAAGAAAUUAAAAAUAGAACUAAAAAACAUUCAGAAAUCAUCUAAAAAAAAAGAAAACAAAAAUUAAUGAAAAAAUAUGAAUUAGCAAUAGAUGAAGAAGAUGAAAUAUUGUAUUCAAUCAAAUUAAUAUAGUGAUAUUAUCCAAGCUAUUUAACUUGAUUCAUAUUGUUUUAAAUGCUAAAAUGUAAAAUAACCUAGAACUCAUCAUUGUAAAGAAUGUAAUAAAUGCAUUCUAAGAAUGGUAUUUUUAAUUUAUUUUUUAUAGGAUCAUCAUUGUCCCUGGGUUAAUAAUUGCAUUGGAAUGAAUAAUCAUAGAUUCUUUUGUUAAUUCAUUUUCUAUGCAUUAUUAUGUAUGUCAUAAUGUUUCAUAUUCAUUACUAUCGAACUUUUAGGAGAUACACAACUCAAAGCAAAUUCUAAAUUUUUAUGCUAAAUAUGUGCUUUUACUUGUUUACUCCUUUGUCUCUCUAUGGGCACAUUACUUGCAUUUCAUCUUUAUCAUAUUGCCAAAAAUAUUACCACUGUUGAAUUUCAUAUUGAAGAAAUGAAAACUGAUAAUCCAUUUCAAAAAUCAAAAAUUAUUGACAAUUUUAAAGAACUCUUUGGUUCAGAUUACAUCUAUUGGAUAUUACCAUUAACUGACAAUUUAAGUAAUAAAACUAAAAUUAGAAAUGAUUCAUUCGAAUUAUGA